AUGGAGUUGAUGGCGAAACUGACUCACAAACUGAAACCUCAAGGUGGCGAAGGGAGUUGCAGAGCCUGAAGACAGAACUGAAUGAGCUGGUGGUGUGGAAACUCAAACUAUGGAUGGUGAUACUUCUCGUCUUAUCAGUCAUCGCUCUGGUUAUUGGGAUCUCAUUCAUUGUGUGUGCAGUUAGUGAUGACGAUGGGGAUGAAAAUUAUGAUAAAUCAUCAUUUGUGGUGAAGCGCUUCUUCAGAGGGUAUUUUACUGUGGACAACAGCAGUUUCACUUCAGACCAAGAGACACUGCAGCUGGAACAGCAGCUAACAGACGUCUACAGUUCUUCUCCUGCGUUGGAACGGUACUUCUCCAAUGUCACCAUAAACCAUCUCCAGGACACUACAGCCCAGUUUAAGCUACAGUUCAUGAUGCCUUCAGAUCACGAGGAGUUGGUACGCUACACUCUGAGCCUAAAGAUGGUUAAAAAUGUGCUUUUCCAACACUUGUAUGAUCAGGACCCUGGAGACCCCUUCUAUAUCAUACCAUCGACACUCAGCAUGGAAGUUGAGUAGAUGAGUAGGACUUCAACUACAAGAUUUGUUUUUGUUUUUCCUGAGCAAAUGUGUGAAGUUGAACCACUGCAACCCUCAUCAGAAAACAAAACAUUCCACACACACAUUAUUCACUUGAUUGACUUUUGGACUCUUUAACAGAUCUGUUAAUAAUAAUGAUUACCCAUCAGUAAUUUACAUUUAAUAAUCACAGCUCAUAUAUUUUACACAUUGUUUAUGAAAAAGACCCAUUUUUUAACACUUCAAAAUA